AUGAGCAGUGACUAUAUCGUGGAGAACGACUGGGUCGGAGGACACCGGGGAGAAAAAAAGGAGUAUUGCAAAAUCGAGCAAGGCCUAACGCUCAAGUCCAUCAGGGUCUACUACGACGACAACAAGUACUACAUCCGCGGCAUCACGCUCACCUGGAGCGACAACACGACGGAUGAAAUUGGUAAAGCCAUUCGAGACGGGCUCUCGUUCUUCCCAGAGCCCGACGAAAGAUUCAACUAUUUUAUCCUCUACAACAACCACGAGUACGGCAGCGCCGAACGCUUGGGCAAGAUCGUUUCCACGACGACUCUGGGCCACACUUUCAAUCCGGGCCGGAAGCCGGACGGAAAUCUGGCGCACAACAUGGCGUUGGGAAGUGGGAUCCUCCUGGGUAUGGGAGUCGCAACGGAUGGCGACAGCAUUCUCGCGGCGAAGCCGCUAUUCUUAAAGCAAUACCAGUCGAUUUUGUCGGACGUUGAUCUCGACCUACCGACAAACGGCGAGGGCAUCUCGCCGCAAGACGUCAAGACAUGGCAUUUCAAGUCGAGCGACGCCGAGUGGUCUGUUGAGGGCGAGCACGAGGUCACUGAGACGAGCACCUGGACUCAGGAGACGGAGUCCACCUUCGGAGUUGAUUUCAAGGUAUUGGGUGAAAUCCCCGGGAUUGUAUCUGUGGAAGGCGGAUUCAAUUGGCAGCGAUCGUCGAAGCAGACGCAUGGCACUGAGCAUAGCGAGAAGACGACGUACAGGUGGUCGCUUGGGGGCACGCUGGCUAAGGGUCAGAACCUGCGUGUUACGGCGAAGACGGCUCAAGGGGUUCUGGAGAUACCCUACACGGCUGAGAUCACGAUCACGAUGAAGGAUGGGAAGGAACUGAAGUAUAAGGAAGGGGGCACUUAUAGCAAUGUUAAAUGGGCGGAUGUUGAUGUGGUGACUGAGGAUGAGGCUUGA